GCGCGGCCAGAGGAAGUGACGUAGCGUGUCCUGGCGCUGCUCCGUCACACGAGUGGCAUUCAGACGCAAACAUUCGCCCCAAAACCUCAUCAGUGGACCGAACCGAACGCUCACAGCUACAUACACGCAGAGACAGAACCUGACUGAAGCUCGAGUUUAAGGUGCUGGCCGCGUGUGCGGUAGGAACAUGAAACAUUUUCCUUCUGGAAAUUGCUCCUUCGACAGAUGCAUGCUAAGCUAACGCUAACCGAGCCACUCUGUGCGUGUCGUAGACACUGCGUGCUAAGCCUUCGUCCACGUUAAUAACAUUCUUAGCCCAAGAAACGGAAGAUACGGACAGAUGAUAGUGUCUGUACGACAACUAUGACAGCUGUUGAGAAAUUUGGACUUCCAGCCUUCCAAAAGUUGUAUCACAUAAGAUAAAAGUGUAAGUAUAAAUGCGAAAAAGUUGAAAGUGUUGCUGGAAAUCCACUUGAAUGGCGUCGCCAAGGGUAACGGAGUAAGGCAAGCCAGCGGACGCGGUGAUGCCACUGCGCAUGCUCGUCAUGGAGAACGGACAAGGCAACGCGACCACCAGCACCGCGACGAGGCUCGGCCUGCCGCCGCUCACCCCCGACCAGCAGGAGGCGCUGCAGAAGGCCAAGAAGUAUGCCAUGGAGCAAAGCAUCCGGAAUGUUUUGGCCAGGCAGACCAUGGCUCAGCAGCAACAGCUCAGCGGACUGCAGAUGGCGUCCUUGUCGGUGGGUUUCGGAGAACUUUCUCCUCUGCAAUCAGUGGCGGCUCAACGCCAGCGUGCCCUGGCCAUCAUGUGCCGCGUCUAUGUGGGCUCUAUCUACUACGAGCUGGGCGAAGACACCAUCAGACAGGCCUUCAUCCCCUUCGGACCCAUCAAAAGCAUCGACAUGUCCUUUGACUCUGUCACCAUGAAGCACAAGGGUUUUGCUUUUGUGGAGUACGAGACGCCAGAAGCGGCUCAACUGGCUCUGGACCAAAUGAACUCUGUCGUUCUCGGAGGACGAAACAUUAAGGUGGGCCGGCCCAGUAACAUCGGGCAGGCUCUGCCCAUCAUCGAGCAGUUGGCGGAGGAAGCACGGGCCUUCAACAGGAUCUACGUGGCGUCUGUUCAUCGUGACCUGUCGGACGGCGACAUCCGGAGCGUCUUCGAGGCCUUUGGGAAGAUCAAGUCAUGCAUGUUGGCUCGCGAACCCACCACGGGACGCCACAAAAGCUACGGCUACAUCGAGUACGACAAGCCCCAGUCUGCCGUCGACGCAGUGGCCUCCAUGAACCUGUUUGACCUGGGCGGCCAGUACUUGAGAGUUGGGAAGGCUGUCACCCCGCCCGUGCCGCUCAUCACCGCCUCCGGAGGCCUGGCCGCGGCCGCCAACUUCAGUGCGCAGGAUCCGGUGGGAGCGUCGGUGCUGCGAGCGCUGGCCGGUCUUCCGCAAGGCGUCAUGGCCGCUCAAGCUCCGGGCGUCAUCACAGGCGUGACCCCGGCUCGAACCGGGCUGCCUCAAGUGGCUCUGGUCAAUCCUGUUCUGGCUGCGCCCCCUGCCCUGAGGAUGGAUGAAGAGCUCCACCAGGGGGCACACCUGGACGCGAGUAAACCGAACGAUGGACACCAUGAUAUCAACAAGAUCGUACGCAAUCACAAAUCGCGUGUGAUGGUCCUGAGAAACAUGGUCGGCCAGGACGACAUCGACGACCAACUGGAAGGCGAGGUGACGGAGGAGUGCGGCAAGUUCGGCCAGGUCAAGCGAGUGGUCAUCUACCAGGAGCGGCAGGGAGAGGACGCCGACGCUGCCGUCAUCAUCAAGAUCUUUGUGGAGUUCAACCACACGGCUGAGAUGAAUCGAGCCGUCCGGGCUUUAGACCGUCGCUGGUUCGGCGGUCGCAAAGUGGCGGCCGAGGCCUAUGAACAGGAGCGCUUUGAGAACAACGACCUGUCGGCAUAGACGCACAGCGACUGGCCAAGGAUGUCCGAUCGGCACGGACGAAGUCAAGGCUACCCUGCGGGCGGAGAAGACGCUAGCCAGCGGCAACCUGGGAGUGCAAGUGCUAGUCUGUCGCCGACGACCACGACCUGUUGGCACUGAGCCUGUCUGUCGGCGCGGGCUUUGCCGAGUGCCAUCUUUCGGCAAAGACGCUUGGAGUGCUGCCACCUGUCAGCAUAGCCGCGUGCUAAUGGCGACUUGCCUGCGUGGCGGCGCAAGCUCCUGUUUGGGUUGGAGCAUCAGAAUUAGGACUCAAUUGAGUGGCGAAACGGCCACGCUCGGCUGUACCUUGACAAGGACGGGAAGUUGCCAGAAAGAACGAUGACGUCUGUUAACAGGCGGGGCUCUUCCACUUGCGCUCACCAUGGUGACCUUUCUUGGCAAUCGCGCAACUGUGCUCCAUGUUACAUCAGCUGACUAACAACUGUUUGAAUCUCAUCGAAUGCCCGCAAGCAUUUUAUAAGUUUCUCUUUUGGUUUUGUAUUAAAGGAAACACAGAAACUGAGCACAA